AUGAGCAACCAUCAAAACAUGGAAUAUUAUUCGUUGGAUCGUCUGAUCGAUUCAGACACACGGUUCACCCGCGGGAUGUGGGAAUUGAAACAUGGUAUUAAUCUCCGUUGGGCAUUAGAAAAUGUCAAAACUGUAGUUAAAGAUCCCAGUUCCAUUCAGACUGUAUCUGCAACUCAAAGAAUUUCUCAAAGAGGUGAUACUUUGAAUAAUCCAACUAUUACUUCUACUAUAUCUUCACCUUCGGAAGGUAUUGUGAAGUUUGAAGCUUAUCAUCACCUAUCUGGGUAUAACAACCACAGCGAACCUCGGUUUGGUUUGAACGAAAAAGAUAGUCCUGAUGUUACAACUUCAGUUUCUGAUGACUUCUCGAGUUUGGAAACGGAGGGUGAUAUUUCGGUGAAUGUCUCUAACAAGCCAGCGACGUUUGAGUUUUUGGGUACAAAAGGUAAACUAUUAACAAAGUUAGGGUACAAGUCAUUGGGAUGGGUUAAGGACGCUCGUGUUCCUCACAGCUCCACUCCAAGAGGCUAUACUACAUAUACUACUGCCCAAUUACAUCUUUCUGUUGGUGAAAGAUUAUUUGGAUUGGGAGAGAGGUUUGGUCCUUUUGUUAAGAACGGUCAAAGAGUUGAAAUUUGGAAUGAAGACGGAGGUACUCUGAGUGAAUGGACAUACAAGAAUAUUCCAUUUUAUCUUUCUGACAGAGGGUAUGGUAUCUUUGUUGAUUCUUCCUCAAACGUUGUUUUCGAGUUACAAUCUGAAAGAACAACCAGGGUUAAUAUUACUGUGCCAGGAGAAGGCAUUAGAUUUUAUGUAAUUCAUGGUCCUGAUCCAAAAACUAUUUUGAAGAGAUAUACGAAGCUUACUGGCAGACCAGCUUUACCACCAGCUUGGACUUUUGGUCUUUGGUUAACUACUUCAUUCACAACUGAAUAUGACUUGAACACUGUGAGUUCAUUUAUUCAAGGAAUGAAGGAUAGAGAUAUUCCCUUGACCACCUUCCAUUUUGACUGCUUUUGGAUGAAAGGUUUCCAAUGGUGUGAUUUUGAGUUUGAUCCUCAAUACUUUCCAGAUGCCAAGUUGAUGUUGAAGGAACUCAAGUCAAGAUUCAACGUCAAGGUUUGUGUUUGGAUAAAUCCAUACAUUGCACAAGAGUCAAUGUUGUUUAGGGAGGCAGAUGAAAAGAGGUAUCUUAUUAGGUAUAACUCAAAUGUGAACAAUGGAGCUUCUUAUCAGACAGAUUUGUGGCAAGCAGGUAUGGGUAUUGUUGAUUUUACUAAUCCUGAUGCUGUCAAAUGGUACCAAUCCAAACUUGAACAUUUAAUCGAUCUAGGAGUAGAUUCAUUCAAGACGGAUUUUGGUGAAAGAAUUCCUGUAAAGGAUAUCGUCUACCACAGUGGUGAAGAUUCUGUGGCAAUGCACAAUUAUUAUGCAUUGCUUUACAACAAGACUGUUUUUGAACUUUUGGAAAGGAAGCUAGGAAAAGAUAAUGCUUGCGUCUUCGCUCGUAGUGCGACAGUUGGUGGUCAACAAUAUCCAGUUCAUUGGGGUGGAGACUGUGAGUCCACCUUUGAAGCAAUGGCUGAAUCAUUGAGAGGUGGAUUAAGUCUUACAUUAUCAGGUUUUGGAUUUUGGAGCCAUGACAUAGGUGGCUUUGAAGGUGAUCCACGCCCUGAAGUUUAUAAGAGAUGGUGUGCAUUUGGCUUGCUUAGUUCUCAUUCUCGUCUACAUGGAAGUAACUCUUACAGAGUUCCAUGGAAUUUUGAUGAUGAAGCAUCGGAAGUUUUGGCAAAAUUCACCAAAUUGAAGAUUUCAUUGAUGCCCUACAUCUACAAACAUGCUAUUGAAUCACAUGAGACUGGAGUUCCAGUAAUGAGAGCAAUGAUGUUAGAAUUCCCUGAUGACAAGACUGCUGUAAGUGUCGAUUCUCAAUUUACUUUAGGAGAUUCUUUGUUGGUUUCUCCUGUAUUUUCUGGAGAUGAAGGUGAGGUUUCUUACUACUUACCUAAGGGCUCUUGGUAUGGUCUUUUGGAUGGCAAAAUUAGAUCAUCUGUGGGCGAGUGGAUGAAUGAAGUUCAUGGUUAUACGUCUUUGCCCAUUUUAGUUCGUCCAAACUCGGUGAUUGUCACGUCUGGUCCUGAUGCUGAAAAUGAACACCCUGUGUACACUUGGAAUGAAAGAUUUAUGCUCAACGUAUUUGAUGUUGACAAAACGUGGAAUAAUUCAACUAAUAUUCCAAAUAGUAAGAAGCUUGGAAAGAUUGAUACCACUAUUGAUGUUUCUAAAGGAGAUAAUUUGUUAACAAUCAAGGUAAGUGGAGAUUUCAAGACACCUUAUUUUGUAAGCUUCUUAGGCAAGAAUGCUGGUGUGGAAGUUGUGAAGGGUAAAUCCAAACCAUCAGGAAGCGGCACUAUUGGAAAUCUUAUUUUUGAGUGCAACAGUGGUGUUUUGCAAUUCAAAAUUUUAAACUAA